AUACGUACAUCUUUGAGAAUAAAAACAAAGGAAAGAAAUGGCAUCCGCAAGAAUGGAGAACCUUGGCCCUGUUGUCAUGGGACUGAACAAGCAGAACGGGCAGCUUAGGGGGGCGCCUAAACCGGCCUCUCCCCAAUCAGGACCCCUCGUCCUGGGCUCUCUUUCAGGCAAGGCCAUAGGUGCACCCCAGAAAGCAGGUGCUGCCCUGGAGGGAACUGGCAUUAGGUUUGGAGAUGACUGGAAAAAGAGCCUACAGCUCCCUCCCAAAGACACCAGGGUCAGAACCUCUGAUGUAACGUCCACUAAGGGAAAUGAGUUUGAGGACUACUGUCUGAAACGGGAGCUCCUGAUGGGCAUCUUUGAGAUGGGCUGGGAGAAGCCCUCCCCUGUCCAGGAGGAGAGCAUUCCCAUAGCCCUGUCAGGACGAGACAUCCUGGCCCGAGCCAAGAAUGGAACAGGGAAGAGUGGGGCCUACCUCAUCCCUAUGCUGGAGAGAAUAGACCUGAAGAAGGACUAUAUACAGGCCAUUGUGAUGGUGCCCACUCGUGAGCUGGCCCUGCAGGUGAGCCAGAUCAGUAUCCAGAUCAGCAAGCACCUGGGUGGAGUGAAAGUAAUGGCCACCACGGGCGGCACCAACCUGCGAGAUGACAUCAUGCGCCUGGACGAGACUGUGCAUGUGGUCAUAGCCACACCCGGCAGGAUCCUGGACUUGAUAAAGAAGGGCGUGGCCAAAGUGGAUAGAGUCCAGAUGAUGGUGAUGGAUGAGGCAGACAAGCUGCUGUCUCAGGACUUUGUGGUGCUCAUCGAGGAUAUCAUCAGCUACCUGGCCAAGGGCCGUCAGAUCCUGCUGUACUCUGCCACCUUCCCCAUCAGCGUGCAGAAGUUCAUGGCCAAGCACCUGCAGAAGCCCUAUGAAAUCAACCUGAUGGAGGAGCUGACUCUGAAGGGCAUCACCCAGUACUACGCCUACGUCACUGAGAGACAAAAAGUCCACUGUCUCAACACACUGUUCUCCAGGUUGCAGAUCAAUCAGUCCAUCAUCUUCUGUAACUCCACCCAGAGAGUUGAGCUGCUGGCCAAGAAGAUCACCCAGCUGGGCUACUCCUGCUUCUACAUCCACGCCAAGAUGAUGCAGGAGUACAGAAACCGUGUGUUCCACGACUUCAGAAAUGGACUCUGCAGAAAUCUUGUCUGCACCGAUCUGUUCACCAGAGGUAUUGACAUCCAGGCUGUCAAUGUCGUCAUCAACUUCGACUUCCCCAAGAACGCCGAGACAUACCUGCAUCGCAUCGGAAGAUCAGGGAGGUUUGGACACCUGGGCUUGGCCAUCAACCUGAUCACCUCUGAGGACCGCUUCAAUCUGAAGUCUAUCGAGGACCAGCUGGUCACCGACAUCAAGCCUAUCCCUGGCAGCAUCGACAAGAGCCUGUAUGUAGCAGAGUUCCACGCCGCCAACCCCGAUUGCGAGGAGGAGCUGAAGGAGACAGGCCGCCUACAGGGGGAGCCCUAGAACCCCUCAACUGGACAACAGGAUAUACCCGGCUUUUGCACAACAUUCAGCUCUUGCAGCUCAGACACCUCUUCAACGUAUCUUUUCUCAACCUUCAGAACCUGGCACAUGGAUGUUAAGGGUGAUUUUUGUUUUGGCUGAUUUGUAUGUUAUGUUCUUAUUCCCCCUUUUUAUUUCAUUAGGAGCUGCCUGCAUUUUUUGACUGAAAUAGUCUUAACCAUGUUAUUUUGCACUAAAGGUAACUUGCCCAAUGCAUACUUAA